AUGGCUUUAACUCAAGAAUCUAUAUUGUCAUUUUUGCUGGAACACGGAGGCAAAGUGAAGAACUCGGAGCUGGUGAACAAUUUCAGGAGUCAAAUCAACUGCGGCGAUCCCGCGGAAAAGCUGCACAAUAGAGACCUUUUCAAGAAGUUGGUGAACAGCGUCGCUGUAGUCAAGCAGAUCGACGAGGUAAAGUUUGUGGUUGUGAAGAAAAGGUACCAGGACUUUGUGAAAGAGGGGGCGCAUGAUGCCCCGCAGAAAACGCAGAUGGAUGACAGUUUGUCAAGCCACAAUACGAGCUUUUCCUGCACAUCUCCUGACCGGGCCGAGGCAGCCAGGAUCAUUUACUCAGACAUUGAAAACAAUAAUAUGGGCUAUCCACUGAACAUAAAUGGCAAUUUUUGCGUUGAUGCCAAACAUAUACCGGCGGGGAGUAUGCAGAAAAGAAGGCCGUUAUCCAGAAGCAUUAGUGGUGCGGACACAACCACCGUCAAAGUCCUGAAUAUCUCCGGAGAUCAUGCGAGCAGAGCGGGGAAAUCUGGAGCCGUGUUCGCUGUCAUAGCAGUAAAAUCCCCACCGAGAGACUCUGCACCAGCAGCACAGGGUGGAUUACAUUCCCAAGUGCAUCAGCAUAAGAUUUCAGAUAAACCAGUCCCGCUGGGAACUAAAGUUUCCACACCACCAGUGCAAACUCCGAACUCUAACUAUCCAGCCUGUAAGAAGGAUGCAUUCAGUGAACACCAGGGAAGGAAAACCAGACAGACAGAGGACACGCAACCCCCAAGCUUUCCCCAGGUGAGGCCCCAAAACAAGGCCACAAGACAAACAGAUGAUGGCAAGUACUCUGAAUCUGUGCCUUUGGAGCCAUUAGCUCAUGAGUGGUUGGUAAAGUGUGCUGCUGGUCUGUGGGGGCAAAUCUAUGCUUUGCUACUGCAGGACACACGGUUAGCCCAGAAGAAAGACUUCAUGUCGGGCUUCACAGCACUACACUGGGCUGCUAAGGAUGGGAACAGUGAGAUGGUACAUAAGCUCAUGGACACCUCCAGGAAAAGAGGCACUUACAUUAACAUCAACAGCAAAGCGCAUGGAGGAUACACACCUUUGCACAUCGCAGCCAUACACGGCCACACUGAGGUAAUGGCUUUGCUUGUGCAAAGGUAUGGAGCCAGUGUUAAUGAAAGAGACAAUGCUGGCAAGAAGGCCUUCCACUACCUGGGCAAAGGUGUGUCACCUGAGAUCAGAGCACUUCUGGGAGGACUGCAGCAGAGCAAGUACAAGGAGAAGACCGAAGAAGAAGACUACAGAGAGCACCCGAAAGGCUUCAACACUAUCAGCAAACUGUUCCAGCCUCACAUAGGGAAGAAACAAAAGACAACAACAAAGUUUGCCCAUGACUGGUGA